AUGCAUGUCUAUAAUCAUGAACAUAAGAAAUAUAAUGAUGAUCAAAUCUAUGAAAUUGUAAUGAGAUCAAAUGUACCUGUACAUUAACCUAUAGUUCCAAGAUAGACAAAUCUAGUAGACUGUGGAUUGUAUAUGUUAGAAUAUGUGGAGAGGUUUUUAAUGAAUCCUUAUUAAAUUCUUAAUUAUUUGGAGUAGGAUCAUUUGAAAUGGUUUCCAAAAGUGAUGAUUUUUAUUAAACGCAUAUUAAUUAAAAAAAUAUUAAAUGCCUUAAGUUCUGGAUAAAAAGAUUAUGCACUAAGAUACCAAGAAAACUGCAAGAUGAUUGAUUAACAAUUCAGUAUUUAUUUUAUUUAUUAAUUAUAGCUGAUACAAAUCAAUAUGAUUACAUUGAUGAAUAACUCCUCGAAUAAUUAUAAGUUCCACGUUUACAAUUUCAUCUAAGCGAAGAUUAUAAUUACUAUUAUGAUGUAUCGCCUAGUAUUGGUUUAUGA